CCUGUCCUUGCUACUGUUUUGCGUUUUCUUGCUACGCAAUGGCCUUUGUCAAAGUCUCGGAUCGAGGAUCCGUUGGUUCGCCGAUUUUUUGCUCACAAGGAGAGACUUUUUGUUCGACGUGGUGUUUUGUUGUUGCGUUCUGAUAAUGAUCAGUCCAGAGUCGUGAUCCCACGUUCGUUACAGUCCUCUGUUUUACGGCUUCUUCACCAAGGACAUUGGGGUAUAGUGCGAACGAAACAACUUGCUCGUCAGCACUGUACUUGGUUCGGAAUCGAUGCUGCGAUUACGAAUAUGUGUUCUUCUUGCAUGGCGUGUGCCGAACAACAAUCCGCACCGCCGCGGAACGUCUUUGCAUGGCCAAAAGCCACUUCCCCUUGGCAACGCUUGCACAUUGAUUUUGCUGGUCCAUUCUGGAAUGCUCGAUGGUUGGUUCUGGUCGAUGCCUUCAGUAAUUUUCCUUUUGUUGUCCGGAUGUCUUCCACGACGUCCUCCGCCACCAUCCAAGCGUUGUCUGCUAUCUUUUGCAUUGAAGGUCUUCCGCAGACUAUUGUCUCCGACAAUGGCCCACAAUUCAUGUCCGCAGAAUUUCAGUCAUUCUGCCAGGCCAAUGGUAUUCAACAUCUGACAUCCGCGCCGUUUUCGCCUCAGUCAAACGGUGCCGCUGAAAGAUUGGUCCGGACUUUCAAGUCACAGAUGUUGAAAUUGAAAGAGUCGCAUUCUCGGGAGGACGCAUUGUUGCUCUUUUUGUCUUCGUAUCGCUCUCAGCCCCGAGAUGGUCGCUCGCCGGCUGAGUUGCUCCACGGUCGUCCUCAUCGCACCUUGAUGUCUUUGCUGCAUCCGCCGCAUCAGGUUCCUGUGCAGCGGCAGACUCCUGCUUUUGCUCCAGGCGACGUUGUAUUUUAUCGCAACUAUCGCGGUUCACGGCGUUGGCUCGCAGGGCGCAUUCUUCGCUGCCUCGGCCGCGCGAUGUAUUUGGUUUUGGGGGCCUCUGGUGAGGUGCGUCGGCAUCUCAAUCAGCUGCGCCUCUGUCGUCGCACGGGUUCUGCCGCUCCCCGUCUGCUUUCAGCGACGGUGCCGUCCGGUCAGCGCCCUGGGGACCCAUCUACUGGCUCGCCUCAUCCCCAGGUGUUACCGACGAUGCCUUCCCAUUUGCCCCAUGGCGACGCGCCGCCGCAGCCGCAGCCGCAGCCGCCGCCGCCGCCGCCGCCUGUUCUCCCGCCGGCGCCGCCCGCAUUCGACGCUUCGCUGCAGCCGCCAAGCGCCUCCCAGGGUCCCGCGCCGCCGAUCGCUUCCCGUGACCAGCUGUCCUCCGCCAUGGAACUCCCGACCGCUCCGGACCACAUGACGUCAUCGCGCGUCGGCUAUCCCGACGCAAUGGAGUUCGACACUUCGGCCCCUCAUGUUUCUUUACGGGCGCAUACACCGCGUGUUGACGUGCACCCUGGACUAGCUUUUCAGGCGUUUCCUAGCUCCCCUCGGACCGAAUGGCCGGGUGCGGGUGGCACAGCCUCGCCUGUUGUUAGGCUCCCCACCUCGUCGCAUACGUCAACAUGGGGUCCUCCCCACGGCGGGCGGAAGCCUUAUCUCACGACCGUUCGCCGAUUUGCGGGGGAGGAAUGUGGUGUCACCGCCAGACACCACACUUGCUAGGUGGUAGCUUAAAUCGGCCGCGGUCCGUUUAGUACAUGUCGGACCCGCGUGUCGCCACUGUGUGAUCGCAGACCUAGCGCCACCACAAGGCAGCUUAAAUCGGCCGCGGUCCAUUUAGUACAUGUCGGACCCGCGUGUCGCCACUGUGUGAUCGCAGACCGAGCGCCACCACAAAGCAGGUCUCGAGAUACGGAAUAGCACUCGCCC